AUGGUGCUGGCCGCUUGGUGCCGCCUCGUCCCGACAGAGUGGCAAUCGCCGGAUCAUAUUCUGUUAGGCGACGCUCUGGAGUUGAAAGGGGUGGCCGGAAAAGCAAGACCAGCCAAGGACGUGCGCUUUGCACUGCCCAACGGCUUGGAGCUAACGUACGGGGAGAUCAACGCCUUGGCCGGGGACUUUUACGGGACUUGGGACCCGAUUAGCGAUCCAGAUGAUCCUGGUGAAAGAACCAAUCGCUUUAACCGUGCCUGGGAAACACUAGCUCUUGGAGGCGACGGCCUAAAAGAGGAGGCAGGUAGUAUACUCGCGAUCAUCUACCAGCAAAAAGCGGCUGUUGAGCAACGGAUCCAAGCCGGGCAAAGCCCAGCGGACGCUUAUGAGGCUGUAUACGUGGAUGACCCCAAGUGGGACUGGAAGUUUGAAAGUAUAACAGAUGGGCGCAAAGGUCUCGGGCUUCCAACCUAUGUGAACCUCGCUGCGGUCGACUGGGACCACUUCGGCGCGGAUGCCCGUCUUGCCUACCAAGUCGGCCAUGACGCGGCGGUCGCCCACGCCUAUCAGACCGGCGACCUCAUGACGGCAUAUGCGAAAAACGCUUUUGCCGAUCACUUCCUGCAAGACUCUUUCUCGGCGGGCCAUGUGCGAACUCCACGGCGGGCGUUGCACGCGGGGGACGACUAUGAUAUAGAUUUUAAGGCCAAGGUCAUGCACGAUGAAGACGGCGCCCACGGUCUGGUGGUGUCCACGGCCGGCUCCUACUCACAAUCAUGGACAAUGUACGGAGAUAAUAGUUUCUUGGAGCCGGCCAACGAUGACAAUCGCCAGCGCUGCUUAGACGCCCUGCAGACGUCUGCUGACGAGGUUUUUGAGGCCUGGUGGACUAAGGAAAAUGUGAGGCGCUAUGGCGCACUGGAUUUUCUCCCGACAUUGGAAUCUGCCUUCAAAGCACCGAACGACCAGCCCCUAUACCACAUCCACGCACGGGAGGGCUGUGAACUGUGUGGCAAUAAAGUGCAGGGGUAG